AUGGAAGUUGCGAAGGGAUCUGUCGGGAAGCUUUUACAAUGUUUGCCACAGGAGACAAUCAAGUAUGCAUUCGCUUAUGGGUCAGGUGCUUUUAAGCAGACCGGUGAUACAACUACAGACAAGAUGGUGGACUUCAUUGUGGCAACUAAUGAUCCUGUUAAAUUCCACUUGGAAAACAUAAAGCAAAAUCCAAAACAUUACUCAUCUGUGCGUUUUUUGGGUGCACAUAUAGUGUCACAACUACAGCAGAAGUAUGCGGCCAGAGUUUAUUACAAUACUCGUGUGCGUCACAGGGAACGUUUAAUUAAAUACGGUGUGGUAACCAUUGAUGAUCUUCAACAUGAUCUACUUGAUUGGAAAUGGUUAUUCCUAGCUGGACGCCUUCAUAAGCCUGUACUAAAUAUUGUUGAACCGGCUAGAAACAUUGCCUAUGCAAUACAGGAAAAUUACAAAAGCGCUUUGCAGGCUGCUCUUUUGCUGCUUCCAGAAUCAUUUAAUAUCAGUCAGUUUUUGUACCAAAUUGUUGCUUUAUCCUACAAUGGCGAUUUCCGCAUGCUUUUUGGAGAAGACAAAAAUAAAAUCAAAAAGAUUGCUGAGGGGAGCGCAGAAGAGUUGCAGGCAAUCUAUAUGCCCUUGCUUGAAUCAGACAGUAGAAUUCUUGUUCGAGGAUCCUUGAUUGAACAGGACUUAAGCAGUGCAGCGGUAUAUCACCGUCUGCAGCUUUUACCAAGCGCAGUCUUGGAGAAGAUACAGAAAACUUAUCAUCAGCGGGACGCUAAACAACGCGAUAUUGAAGAGGUAACAUUUUCCUUGGCCAAUCAUAUUGAUGCACCUCAGCAGGUUGCUGCUGCAUUAGAAUCUAUCGUAUCAUCUGCAGCCUGGUCACAAACCCUUAAAAACAUUGUUACUGCUGGAUUUGCUCGUUCAGUAGUAUACUCUUAUGCAAAACUGAAGAAAAUGUUUCGCUCUUACUGA